GAUUCAAUCGAAGAUAAAAAAAUAUCAAAGAUCAAGCAAAAUAUAUCUGAAAAAAUCAUUGCAAAUGUCAAUAUAGAUGAAUUAAAAAAAGUUAUUAAUAAUGAAAAUAUUAAAAUUAUUGAUUCAAUUGAGGAUAAAAAAGAAUCGAAAGUCAGGCAAGUUAUAUUUGCAGAAACUAUUGCAAAUACUAAUAUAAAUAAUAAAUCAAAAGAAAUUAUUGAUAACAAAAAUACUAAAACUAUUGAUUUAGUUGAAGAUAGAAAAGAAUUAAAAUUCAGACAAGAUAUAUUUACAGAAACUAUUGCAAAUGUCAAUACAGAUAAUGAAUCAAAAGAAAUUAUUGAUAAUGAAAGUAUCAAAACUAUUGAUUCAGUUGAAGGUAAAAAAGGAUUGAAAUCUGGACAAGAUAUAUUUGAAGAAAUUAUUAGAAAUGAAAUCAAUACAAAUAACAAAUCAAAAGAAAUUAUUGACAAUAAAAUUGAAAAUAAAAAUACUAAAACUAUUGAUUCAGUAGUGAAGAUCAAGCAAGAUAUGUCUGAAUCAAUACAUCUUGCCAUUGCAAAUGCCAAUAUAAAUAAUGAAUUAAAAGAAAUUUCUGGCAAUGAAACUAUUGAUUCAAUUGAAAGUCUAAUAAAUAUGGAAAUUGAAAACAAUGAAUUACAAAUUAUUCAAACAAAGAAAAACAAUAUAUCUCAAGAAAAAUUAAUUAAUACUGACAAUAUUAUACCAAAUAAACAUAGAUUAAGUGUUAUACAAAACAAAGAUAGUUCAAACAUAGAUAUACCUCAAAUAGCUAAGGAAAUAGAAGAUAGUGGUACUUCUUUAAAAAAAGUAGAAAUAAAAAUUAAUAAUACAACAUCAUCUUCUGAUAUUUUUUGUCCCACAAAUGAUACAAUAAAUGUAACUGAAGAUUUUUCAGAACUUCAAAAUUGUAAUUUAGAUAUAAAAGAUUUUAAUGAUCUUCUUUAUAUGGAUAUUACUGAAACUUGUCAAAUCACAUCAAAUGGAAAUGUUCUUAGCAUUCAAGAAACCAUUGAAGAAGUUAUGAAUAAAAAUAUUGAUGAAAAUUCAAAUUUAAAUAAUUUAUCCGAAAUACAAAUAGAUUGUCAAGAUGUUAAAAAAACAAUAUCAAAUUGUAUUGAAGAAAAUAAUAAUAAAGAUUUAAAUAAAAUGCAAUCUUCUAAUACAAAUACAAAUGAUAGAAUUAUUUCUAUAAAUAAUAUAUGUAAUGUACCAAAAAAAGGAAAUGAAUUACCAAUAGCAGAAUUCAAAUUAAAUAUUUUAGAAAAGAAAAAUAUUCAAUCCAAUAAUCUAUCUCAGGGUAGAUUAAGAGUUUUAUCAAGCGCAGAAUUAGGUUCUAGAUGGUGUCCUACACCUAUAAACACUGUUAUGUCUACUGUACCUCAAUUUUCACAUUCUACUCCUCAUUUCACAAAUGCAGCAACUUAUGAUAAAGUUGAUUUGGAUAAUACUAUUGUUGUUUCAACAUCAAUGGCUCAAAUAGUACCUACAACAAUAUCUCUAAUUACUACAUCUGCACCUAUAGCAAUUAAUGAAACAACAAUUUCUGAAAAUAUGAGAAAAAAUAAUAUAGAUCACAAAUGUUCAAAAUCUGUUUAUUUUAUUUUCGUGAACAUACGUGACUUAAUUCAAAAAAGACGAAUGUGUUUAAAUACUAAUUUGAAUAUUAAUUAUGAUAAGUUAUUAUUUAUAGAAUUUGAAAAAUUAAGAAAAAUAUUGAAUAUAGAAGAUUAUAUUGAUUUAAUUGAUGGAGUUUUAAUUAUACUUAACAAAGAAAUGUUAGUAAUGCCAUUAUUGUCUUUAGGAGAAUUGUUUCAUUAUACGCCAUUAAUUGAAUCUUUUUAUAUUCGUUCAUCAAAUAAACGUAAAACUAUAAUAAAUAAUUCUAGUGAAUGUCAAAUUAUAACACCUGUAAUUGUUUCAAAUCAAAUAACAUCAAAUCAAAAUAGAUGUUCUAAUCCACAUGUAUCACAGAAUGUAUGUGUUACAUCUAUGCAUUCUACAUUACAACAUGUACUUCCUGUUAAUCAAAAUCAAACAUCUACAAAUGUUACUUUAAAACAAUCUUAUCAGAAUUCUCAAGGAAAAAUCAUUUUGCAAUCACAAAACAAUUCGUUUCAAAAUAAUAUGCCAAUAAAUUCUACUGCUAUUAAUAAUCAUAAUAUACAUCAACAUAAUUAUAACAUGCAAAUGCACAAAAUUGUUAGUCAACAAAAAGUUCCAAAUUCUUAUUUUGUUCAACAGAAACCAACUACAAAUAUACAUACCAUGCAAAAUUUUCCUGUACAACAUUCCUCAUUUUCUUCUAAUAUUAAUCAACUAGGAGAUCGACAAAUUUCUCUAUCCAAUUCACAAUUUAUAAAUCAACAAUAUAUUCCACAAAAUGUUUUUACAUCACAAAAAAAUACAUUUUAUAAUGUAAAUGUACCAAAUUAUCCUAUACAACAAAAUAUAAACUCAACACAUGUACAAAAUAUAGUUAUGUCUCCUGUAACUCAGCAAUAUCAAAAUCCACCACAUCAACAAAAUAUUUAUAAUAAAUCACAAGAUAUUCAGCUACAAACUAUUCCACAACAUAUAUCAUCAAAUUAUAAUAUGCAACAAUCUGUACAGCCUAUAUUUGCAAUGAAUGUAUCAUACAAUGAACUUAAACACCAAAAAAUACCACAGAAAAUAUCAAUGGAAACUUUACAAAAUCAUAUACCUGAACAAGUAUCAUCAUCUCAGAAACAGUACAAGAAAACGAAAUCUAUUUCAAAGAGAAAAGAUCUGCAAAUUUCAUUAGAAUCAACAACAAAAUUAUUCAAUAUCUUGAAAUAUAUUUCUGAUAUCCAAAAAAUUAUAUUAUUGAAACAAAUAGAUUUCUACUUUAGUUGUACUACAUGGUUACAACAACAAUUUACAUCAGGACAGUGGCAAAAAAUUAAUUCACAAAGAUCUUUAUUACUUAAUUUUCAAACACUUUUAAAACAUCUGAUAGAAAAAACUGUAAAAGAUUUUUUACAAGAUAAAUCUCAAGGAAAUAUGUUUGAAACAAAUAUACUCAAAAAUAUUAAAAUUGAUGUUCCAAAAAUGGUACAAAUUGUAGUAAACGAAAAUGAAGGAAUGUAUUGUCAGGUUGAAGUAUCUAAAGCUUAUCAAGAACAAAAUAAAAUAAUGAAUAUUAAACAAAAUUGUGUGACACAUCAAGAAAAUUUAACACAAAAUCAAUAUGAAAAAGAACAUGAAACAACUAACAAUAUUUUACAAAAUAAGGAAGUUUCAAAUGAAAAACAAAAAUCGGAAAUAUCACAUAAAGAAGUACAAAACAAAACAUUUGGAAAGAGAAUUCUGAUACAGAAAGACAAUUCUCCAAUUAAGUCAAGUUUACAAAUAUGUGAAACAUCGGAAAUUGUUAUUCAAGAGAAUAAAAUCGAAGAAGAAUCAAAUAAUUCCAAAGAUACAUACAAUUUAAAUAUUAAGGAACAAAAUUUAGGAGUACCAAGAAAAAUAAUUGAAAAUAUUUCUCAAAUAAUUGAAGAAAAAACAUCAGUAUUAUCAAAUAUGAAACUGCCUAACAAUGAUAUUCUGCAAUUAAAUCAACAUUUAGUUACUGUUGAAAUAUCUUCUAAUAAUGAUCAAGUAACUGUUAUUGAUACUAAUGCUAGUAAUGAAACUAAAUCAAAGAAUGAAGAAUCUACAGAAUAUGAAGAAUUUCAAAAAAAACUUCAAAAAGAACUUCAUAUUUCAUCAUCAUCUUUAGAAAAUACAAGUUACAAUAUAUUAGCAAUAUCUUCACCAAAAAUUGCAAAUAAUGUGAAAGAUUUUGAUAAUAAAGAUUUGAAUAAUUCUUCAUUGGAAGAAACUAUUACAUCUCAUAUUAAAGACAUUAGAAGUAUUUCAUUAGAAACAUUUGAAAAGAUGGAAGAAACUAAUAAUAUUAUAAGUACAACAGAUGGAAAUAUUGAAGAGGAAGAAAUUAAAAUAUGCUUAUUUUGUGGAAAACCUAGUACUGUAGCAUGUUCCAUUUGUUUAGAAGCUAAGUAUUGUUCUAAAGAAUGUUUCGAACGACAUUGGGAAGAUCAUUAUAAAGACUGUACACCUGUAAAAAAAAGAGUAUAUAAUUGAAAUUUAGAAUAAUUAUUUUUUUUUGUUAUUUUAUUCAUCUUUUAUAACAAAAA